CACAUCCUUGCCGAACCAUGUCCUGCUACGACCUGUGCCUGCCCUCCUCCUGUGGUCCCCGGCCCCUGGCCACCAGCUGCAACCAGCCCUGCUUCCGCCGCUGUGAGGACUCCACUGCCUUCAUCCAGCCACCCACAGUCGUGGUGACGCUGCCCGGGCCCAUCCUCAGCUCCUUCCCGCAGAACACCACGGUGGGCUCCACGGCGUCGGCAGCGGUGGGGAGCUACCUGCGCUGCUGCGGCAUCCCUGUGGGCUCCCGGGGGCUGGGCAAGGCAGCACUGCUGUGCCUGGGCACCGGGCUGUAGGGUGUCCCCAGCACGCUCCUCCUCCUGCCCAUGCCAGCAGCGUGCUCAGGAAAGGCGAGGAAGGUACGCCACCAAGAUUGGGGGAGAGGACUAAGGAGAUGCCCCUGGGUUUCCCAGCAGCUGGCCCAGGAGGACAGUAACCAUGUGAGCUCGUCACUCCAGACCAUGCCUCUGUACACCUUUAUCUCGCUUAAGUCUUUAUAUUUCCAUGUUCUACACAGCAUUUGCUGCUGGCUGGGCAAUAAAUGCUUCUAGCAGGCUGUAGAUGGCAGAUGAUAAUCAUGGGGUUGUGGGGCGAGGGGACACCUUGUAGGAUCAGCUUGCCCCAAAGUGGGGAUAUUUCUUUAUUGAGCACUGGAAAUACACUUGUACUCUGAACUGGUUCACUCUGCUUCUCAUUAAAGACUUGCUACAUCAUA